GUCUGCAGUGUGUGGAAACCAUGGCUGCUGCUGGGAGUCCCGUCCAGGAUCUCUGUGAAGAAGCCACUUGUUCCAUCUGCCUGGAGUAUUUCAGGGAUCCAGUGACCGUUGCAGAGUUUGGGCACAAUUUCUGCCCAGCCUGCCUGAACCAGUGCUGGGGGGAGAAGGACACAGAGGCCUCCUGCCCCGAGUGUAGAGGAACCUCCCAGAAGGGGAACCUCAGGCCAAAUAGGCCGCUGGCUAAGUUUGUUGAAAUUGCCAAGAAAUUCAGAGAUCAGGGGGUAAAGUGGGCAGAAGAGAAGGGGAGACUCUGUGAGAGGCACCAGGAGCCCCUGAAGCUGUUCUGCAAAGUCCAUGAAACCCCCAUCUGUCUGGUGUGUGACAGAUCCAAGGAACAUGAAGGUCACAAGGUGAUUCCUCUGGAGGAGGUUUCCCAGGAGUACAAGGAUCUGAUCCAUUGUCGCCUGGAGAUUCUGAGGAAAGAGAGAAAAAGAAUUCUGGCAAAUCAAGCAGACACAGAAAAGGAAAAUGAAGAUCUGCUUAAGCAAACAAGAGCAAAGAAGGAAAACUCAGUGGCUCUAUUCAGACAACUACGUCAGUUGCUGGAAGAACAAGAGAGGCUUCUGCUGGCCCAGAUGGAAGAGGUGGAGAAGGAGAUUGCAAGGAAAAGGGAGAAGCACCAGGCCAGACUCUCUGAAGAACUCUCCUCUCUUGAACGUCUCAUCCAGGAGAUGGAGGAGAAAUGUCAGCAGCCAGCGAGUGAACUCCUGCAGGACGUGAGAAGCACCUUGCAGAGGACUGAGAAGGAGACAUUGGAGAAUCCAGCAGCUUUCCCUCCAGUGCUGAAGUGGAGGAUCUUGGACUUCCAGGAAAUAAAUCCCUUUGUGGAGAGAGUCAUGAAGCAAUUCAAAGAUGUGCUGCUACCUGGACUACAUCUGAAGAGAGCAAAUGUCACUCUGGAUCCAGACACAGCUCAUCCCAGCCUCAUCCUGUCCAAGGAUCAUAAAAGCGUGAAAAAGGAAGACAAACAGAAAGAUCUGCCCCACAAUCCUGAGAGAUUUGACCAAAGCGCUUUCGUGCUGGGAUGUGAGGGAUUCACGGCAGGCAGACAUUUCUGGGAAGUCAGUGUGGGAAGUGAGGAAGUCUGGGCUGUGGGGGUCGCCAGAAAGUCUGUGAGGAGAAAAGUGCAGAUUGGACUUGGUCCUAGGGAAGGGUUCUGGGCUCUGAGUUAUGGUGGAGGUGUAUACAUGGCUCACAACUCCCCUGAUUACCCUCUUCUGUCCAUAAGUGGGGAGCUGAAGAGGAUCCUAGUAUCUCUGAACUGUGCUGGGGGACAGGUGUCCUUUUACGAUGCUGACAGGGGGACCCUCCUCUACGCCUUCUCUGGAGCCUCCUUUGCAGGAGAGACAAUUAUGCCCUUCUUUCAUGUAGGGGGGAAAGGCCCCCUCAGCAUCUCUCCUUAAGGCAGCUCAGAGCCUUCCUCACUUUCCCUCCUCUCCAGACCAGACUGGUUAAUCUAAGCAUCAAACCUCCCUUUGUCAAGGGCUCCUUUUCCCCUUCUGCAAAGGGCCCCUGAGAGGCCUCCAGUCACAGACACCAGAACUACAUGGACUAAAAUGGUGCCUGAUUUCCUCCCUCCAUUUUCCCAGACGUCCCUCAUCCCUUACUUUUUAAAGAGACAGAAGCACAUGAAUAAUCCAGAUCAACUUUUU